AUGUUGACGAAUCCAAACCCGAACCCGACUCCGACCCCGACUCUAGCAAUGAACGCGACUGUGGAGGUGCGAAGAACCAUCUCCCCAUAUGACUUGACCUCAGCCGAUAACUCAGGUGCGGUGAUCUCUCAUCCACUCUUGAAAGGUAUCAACUACGACGAAUGGGCCUGUGGAAUGAAGACGGCAUUGACUUCAUGCAAGAAGUUUGGUUUCUUGGACGGAACAAUUGCAAAACCGGCAGAUGGGUCUUCUGAUCUGGAAGAUUGGUGGACUAUUCAAGCUCUAUUGGUGUCUUGGAUCAAGAUGAGCAUCGAUCCGAUGUUGCGCUCAACGAUCUCGCACAGAGAUGUAGCCAAAGACCUUUGGGACUACUUGAAAAAGAGAUUUGCCGUGAUGAAUGGGGCUCGCAUUCAACAAAUCCAAUCUGAACUGGCCUGUUGCAAACAGCGGGGACUCGCCAUUGAAGCUUACUUUGGUAAGUUAAAUCGCAUAUGGGACAGUCUUGCAGCCUAUCGUCCCAUAAGAGUGUGUUCUUGUGGAUUGUGCACGUGUAAUGUUGGUGCAGCACAAGAGAAUGACGGAGAGGAGGACAAGGUUCAUCAAUUCUGGUGUGGUCUUGAUGAUCACUAUCGUGCGGUCCGCUCGAGUCUUGUUGCACGCGUUCCGGUCCAGUCUUUGGAGGAAGUGUACAACAUAGUGCGUCAGGAGGAAGAUCUAAGGGCUCAUGUGGAGGAGAAACCUGAGGUAACUUCUUUUGCUGUCCACACCAAACCACGUUUUCGUCUUGACGAGAAGGAGAAAGAAAAAGGGAUGUUGUGCAAACUCUGCAAUCACUAUGGUCAUGUUGCAGAAAAUUAUUAUACUGCCAUAGGAUAUCCCGAAUGGUGGGGGGAUAGGCCUAAGAGUCAAACAAUUCAAGGACGAGGGCGUGGUGGUUCAAGUUCCACAGGAGGUCUGAGCAGUGGCAAAGGUCGAGGUUCAAUGACUUAUGCCAAUCGUGUGCAUGUUCCUAAUCUUGACAAGGAAGGACAUGAGCAAGCUAAUCACGUCAUCACUGACCAAGAUCGUGAUGGAGUGACAGGUCUCACUGAUCAGCAAUGGCGUUCAAUCAAAAGCAUUCUCAAUGCUGGGAAGGACACCACAACAGAGAAAGUAACUGGUAAGUCUUCUACACCGUCUUGGAUAAUGGAUACUGGUGCUUCUCACCAUCUAACAGGAAAGUUUGAGAUUUUGUCUGAUGUGCGUGAUAUGGCGCCGGUUUUGGUGAUUAUGGCUAAUGGCCGAGAGCAGGUCUCUCUUAAAGAAGGGACAAUACAGCUUGGUCCUGAUCUUGUUCUGAAAUCAGUUUACUUUGUGGAAAAUUUCAAAACAGAUUUGAUCUCUAUGGGACAGUUAAUGGAUGAAAACAGAUGUGUGGUUCAGUCGGCUGACACAUUUCUUGUGGUUCAGGAUCACAGUAUGAGGACGGUGAUUGGAGCUGGUAAGAGAGUUGGAGGCACUUUUCAUUUCUGCAAGGCCGUGGAGACUGCUCUCUCAGUUACACUAAAGGAUGGUCAAUCGUUCGAGUUGUGGCAUAAGAGAAUGGGGCAUCCAUCUCCUGCAGUUGUAGGCUUGCUUCCAUGUUUUUCUGAUUCCGUUUCUGUUAAAAACUUGAAUAAGGCGUGUGAUGUUUGUCUCUGCGCAAAGCAGACUAGAGAUUGUUUUCACUCAGUAUGA